CAGUAUAAAGCAGAGACAGCACACACCCGGGUACUGCGGGCCCAGGGCGGCGGCGGAGCAGGAUGGAGAUCCGGGUGCCUGUGCAGCCUUCUUGGCUGCGCCGCGCUUCGGCCCCGUUGCCGGGGUUUUCCGCGCCCGGACGCCUCUUUGACCAGCGUUUCGGCGAGGGGUUGCUGGAGGCCGAGCUGGCUUCGCUCUGCCCCGCUGCGCUUGCCCCCUACUACCUGCGCGCCCCCAGUGUGGCGCUGCCCACAGCCCAGGCUCCGACGGACCCCGGGCAUUUCUCAGUGCUGCUGGAUGUGAAGCACUUCUCGCCGGAGGAAAUCGCUGUCAAGGUGGUUGGAGACCACGUGGAGGUGCAUGCGCGUCACGAGGAGCGCCCAGAUGAGCACGGAUUCAUUGCGCGUGAGUUCCACCGCCGCUACCGCCUGCCUCCUGGCGUGGACCCUGCUGCUGUGACCUCAGCGCUGUCCCCGGAGGGUGUCCUGUCCAUCCAGGCGGCACCAGCAUCGGCCCAGGCUCCACUUCCGUCACCACCCGCCGCCAAGUAGGGGUCCGGAUAUGCUUGAAUCUGGAAGCCUCUUCAGGCUCUCUAUUAAAAAAGCCAUUCUGACUCCACCGCCAAGCCAGAAGCCAGCGCGUUCAAGAUAGUUCCUCCUACCCAGAUCCAGCUCUCCUCCCCCACCCCAUACCUUUCCACCCUAACCAAACCGUGCAUUGUACACCUUCCCUGACCCCUCCUUCAGCUUCCAGACCCCACCCAUAACACUUGCUUAACUACAAUAUAGGCACUCCCCUCACCCCUCAGCCUCCCAUCAUCACCCACCCCACUUUGAUGGUUUGUUUUGCACUCAAGCUGCCUAGUGCGGUUUUUCUAACUCCUAGGAGAACAUCCCACAUCCCAUUUCCAUCUCAUCACCCCACUGACACCAGAGCAUAGUGUAGACAACCCUGCCCCUUCAGGGCCUGUCAGGCACAAUUCCCUCUGACUCAGACUGCAUGGGCCUUCCAGCCCAGAACUCUGGGCCUGGUCCCAAGAUCUGAUUGGAUCCUUUUCCUGUAACCUAAUGCCCCAGCCCCCAGUCCAUUUCUGACUUGAAAUCCCAGCCAGUUAUACUUGCAUUCCCACAACCUUCCCCCUGUCACCUUAUACCCUCCUUCCUACAUUCAAUCCCCAAUAAAUGUAUUAGAGAAGCUGC